AUGUCCAGCGAUCAUUCUACGCCAGCUCCGAAGGAACUGCCUGUUGAACCUACUACAUUGAAAAGGGUUGCCAGACCAAUAAGACAUGUGAAAUAUGUACCAUUGAAAUCACUGAUAUUCUUCUCGAAAGAUGGCCCUAUGGAAUUUAGUUACGAAAGGAAGAUCAAGACUCCAAUCUCUAAGGAUAAGCUGGUCGUUGAGGUUCAUCAUGUAGGGCUCAACCCAAUAGAUAUGAAGAUAAGAAACGGCUACAAGAGCGGUGUAUACGGAGAGAUAGGGCUUGGGAGGGAGUACAGUGGUGUAGUGAGCAUGGUUGGCGAGAAAUUGCAAUCUCAGUGGCAAGUAGGAGAUAAAGUUUUUGGUAUUUACUUCCACCCCCAUUCUGGCAAUGGUUGUCUGCAGAGCUCCAUCUUAGUGGACCCCAGUGAAGAUCCUAUACUGUUAAAGCCGGAGAAUAUUUCGAGCGAGGAGGCUAGUGGCUCACUGUACUGUCUGGGAGCGGCAUUCAACAUCCUGGACAAACUUCAAAGAGCUGGAAAACUUAAGCCUGACGCCAAUGUGUUGAUCAACGGUGGCACGAGUUCAGUCGGUUUGUUCGCCGUACAACUGCUAAAAAACUACUUCCAUUUGGUGAAGAAGAUAGUGAUCAUUACUACCAGUACCGGCCCAGAGGUGUACGCGAAGCAGUUCCCAGAGCUCGUCGACGACAUGAUAUUCAUCAAUUAUUUGAACUGUCGUGGUAAAACCAGUAAACCAUUGAGGAAAAUGAUCAGUGAGCAAAAGGUGAUUGAGUAUGAUGAGCAGACGGGCUCCGACGUCCCCGUGGAGUACAACCAGGGAAAAUUCGACGUCGUCCUUGACUUUAUCGGCGGAUACGACAUACUUGCCCAUUCAAGCUCGCUGAUCCACUCAGGCGGUGCGUACGUAACAACGGUCGGAGACUACGUGGAGAACUACAAAACGGACGUCUACGACUCAUGGGACAACCCAAGUGCCAACGCGAGAAAGAUGUUCGGGUCCAUGCUUUGGUCCUACAGCUACACACAUUUUCAUUUCGACACGAAUGCAAAAUCGGCAUCGAAAAACGACUGGGUCAACAGAUGUGGUGAGUUUCUAGAGAAAGGUGUUGUCAAGUGUGUAAUCGACAAGACCUACCACUGGAAGGAGCACAAGGAGGCCUUCUCAUACAUGGCCACACAACGUGCGCAAGGUAAGCUGAUAAUGGAAGUGGAAAGGUUUUGA